CAGCGCCUCUCCAGGCAGAGCCCAAUAAUAACCAUUGCACCAGUUUCUUAGUUUUGCUGUCUAGGGCUCCUCCUGGGGAUGGUCUCCUUUAAUCCUCGCAGUAACCAAGUAACCACAGUACCCACAGCAAAAAACAGCUUGCGGGCCUUGGUUAGAUAAAAAAGAUCAAGGCUUAAAAGCACAGCCACGUUUGCACUUAGCCUUGAGCCCAGAAUGUGCGUUGUGAUUUUGCUGAAGUGCAAUUUCCUGACUUUUCUCAUUUCUUGUAAAGUUUGAUUAGGUUCUUCUCCAAAGCAGACAUUUGGGUGUUGUUUGUUUGUUUGUUGGGGUUUUUUGUACAGCAGCAAAGAGGUAUAGUUCCUUUGCUUGCUUCUGCUUGGCAAAUUGCUGCCUUGGACCAGUAAUGUCCCGAGCAAUGAAUGGACAGUGAAUGGAGAUGGGGGUUUUGUAGGAAUCUCAGAGACUGGUCUAGUUAUUUUAGUACGAUUGCAGUCUUCUGCUGCGAAGCAGUAUUUCAUAGAUCAUUAUCUAAAAACAGUCAAGAAAAGAAAAAUUUCGAAGAUUAUUUAGAAAUGAUGGAAUUAGAUAUAGGAGAUGCCAGCCAAGUUUACAUAGCAUUCUUGGUUUACCUGGACCUCAUGGAGAGUAAAAGUUGGCAUGAAGUAAAUUGUGUUGGAUUACCAGAUCUCCAGCUCAUCUGCCUUGUCGGUACUGAGAUAGAAGGAGAAGGAUUACAGACUGUGGUGCCUACACCCAUCACUGCUUCCCUCAGCCAUAACAGGAUAAGGGAGAUCUUGAAGGCAUCUCGAAAAUUGCAAGGUGAUCCAGAUUUGCCGAUGUCUUUUACUUUGGCCAUAGUGGAGUCCGAUUCCACAAUAGUCUAUUAUAAACUUACUGAUGGAUUUAUGCUGCCAGACCCUCAGAAUAUUUCCCUUAGAAGAUGACACCUAUACUUCCUGAUGCUUACUGUGAGAGUGGAUUUGAGAUCUGUCAGCCUGGUUCAUCUCUUAUCUCAGAGAUAGUUAGGGUUGACUUAGCUGGUCCUAUUCCAUAAGUUUUUCUUUUUGAAGAAUAAAACUUUCCCAGAUAGAAGAAUUUUUUUUGUUGAUAAGUAUAGGGUAGUUGCUCUAGAACUUUCUUACCUGGAGAUAGUUUAAUUACAGUUAAAUACAAGUUGAUGCUUAGGAUGUGUUCAGAGGGGUGGCACACAUGUGUUUCUUCUGUCGUCCACCACUCAUAGCUGCCUCGUUGUUCAUCGCUGCCCCUGCUAACACAUUGUUGAGACUCCCCUUUCUCUAAUUCAGCCCUCUCAGUGCCUUUUGGCCACUACAGCUAGCCUGCAGUUGCGUUUCAUGGACACCUGGACACUUGGAGAGUUUGCUCAGUCUCCUUUUAAAUCCCCAACAGAAAGUAACAGUUUUCUUUCUAUUGGUUUUUAUGUGGCAUUUACUGUUGACUUUAAGUCAAAAGUAAAGAUACGCUCAUCCAGAGCAUAAAAGUACAUACAUGUCUAGAUUAAUAGGGACCAGAGAAGUGCUACCGAUUAGUUACUUCCUACCUAAGUAAAGGAAGUACUGGGCCUUCCUUUCCAUUCUUAUUACCACCACCCUUAUUAUAUCAUAGUUAGAAUAUUAUGUGAGAUAGUGAGAAACGGUGUCAGCUUUAAAGACAUCUUUAUUAAGUAGACCCAGUUAUUCCACUUUUGUUAAUACCUCUCAAUUAUGUUGCCUAAAGUAUAAAAAAUUAUAUGCACAAAGAUUCCAAGUGACAUUAAUUGUUAUAGCCAAAAUAAUAAUCACUUAAAAGUUUUAGGAAGGGGUCAUCAAACUUUUUCUGUAAAGGGCAGAAAAGAAAUAUUUUAGGCUUCACAAACCAUACGGUCUCUCUUAAAACUUCUCAAAUGUGCCGUUUGUAGUACAAAAAUAACCAUAGACAAUAUGUAAAUAAAUGGGCAUGGCUGUGUUCUAAUAAAACUUUAUUUACAAAUGCAGGGCCAUAGUUUGCCAAUCCCUGGAAUAAGGAAAUAGUUAAUAAACAGAUAUAGAUAGCCAAUGAAUGGUACAUUAUGUACUCAUUAAAAAUUAGUAAUGAAUAAAUGAAAAACAAAAUAUUUAAUUAAAAAAGCAAGAUAUGAAAGUGUGUGAAUGGGUAAGAUCAUGGCUAUAAAUAACACACCAAGCAUAUAAUAAAAGGGUGACAAGAUAAAUUACUAACUGUUCUUAUAAUAGGGUGGCAGAGCAAUAAAUGGAUGACUUCAUCUUUCUUUAGUAUUUAGUAUGUUUUUUCUUUAUUUGUAUUACUUUUAUAAUAAUGUUUUAAAAUUAAAAAAAUAUCUUGAGAUCUAUAUUAGUUUCUGUCAUUGUAUAAUAUUACCACAAACUUAGCAACUUAUAACAGCACACAUUUAAUAUCUCAAAGUUGGGUCCAGUCAAGCCAGCCUCCACUGAGACUUGUCUGGGCAAGGUUCAGCUUCCUCCCUCGUGUGGUUGUUCGAAGCUUUCAAUUCCCUGUGGGCUGUUGGACUGAUGGUCUCAGUUUCUAAGGGGCUGUUGUCAAGAGGCCACCCUCCACUCUUUGCCACAUGGGCCUUGCCAGCACAACUGGUUGCUUCCUCAAAGCCAGCAAGGGAGACAGUUUCAGCAAGAUGGAUCUCAUAAUCUUAUGCAAUGUAGUCAGGUACAUCCUGUCACUUUUGCCAUGUUCUAUUGGUUAGAAGCAAGUCAAGACUACUCUAGAAAACAGCAGGAACAAGAAUGGAAAAAGGGCAAAAAGUAAGAACAUUAUAAAAUGGUGUAAAGCA